AUGAAGAUUCAGCCGAUCGAUUAUCAAACACCCGAUGAGCCGGUAGCUCACCUGUUCGAGCCAGUAAAGCCGGUGGUGAAAUCGCGAUUGAAGCGGCUGUUUGAGAGGCAGUUCCUUAAAAAUUCAGCUGCUGAAAAGGUCGGAGUCGUCGAGGAGUCGCAUUUGAAGGACGUCUCUAAUGAGUUCGAGCCGAGUUCGGUGUGCUUGGCGAAGAUGGUGCAGAACUUCAUCGAAGAGAGCAACGAGAAGCAAACGUCAGUUAGGUGUAACCGUAAUCGCUGCAACUGCUUCAACGGGAAUUGUAACGAUAGCUCUGAAGAUGAAUUUGACUCAUUUGGUGGUUUUGGCGAUUCUAACCGUUCCUCUUCUGUUGAAGCGUGUGAAAUUCUGAAGAGUUUGGUGCCGUGUGCAAGUGUUUGUGAGAGGAAUUUGCUGGCGGAUACAGCGAGGGUUGUUGAUAAGAACAAGAUCUGUAAGCGAAAAGAUGAUGUUUGCAGGAAGCUCGUUACUGAUGGUUUGUUGAGUCUUGGAUAUGACGCUUCUGUCUGCAAAUCUCGCUGGGAAAAAUCCCCCUUCUAUCCCGCCGGGGACUAUGAAUACAUAGACGUGAUCGUUGCAGGCGAGAGGCUGCUAAUUGACAUCGAUUUCAGAUCAGAAUUUGAGAUAGCUCGGUCAACCAAGACCUACAAAUCUCUUCUCCAAACUCUACCUUACAUCUUCGUAGGCAAAGCUGAUCGUCUCCAGAAGAUUAUUGCCAUUGUAUCAGAUGCGGCGAAGCAGAGCCUUAAGAAGAAGGGGAUGCCCAUUCCGCCAUGGAGAAAAGCUGAGUACAUCAAAGCCAAAUGGCUUUCUCCCCACAUACGAACCACACCACCACUUAUCUCACAAGAAACCGAUCCUAAACCAGAAAAGGAGCAAACUUUGGUUCAAAAUGGUAUCGCUGAGCUUGAACCGAGUUGUCGAGAGAAGAAUUCAGUGGAGGAUGAUACGGAGAUGGUUGAGUCUGUGUUUGCUUUAUCGUCAGAAGCGUCCGUGGCAGAAGAGGAGGUUAUAGAGGUAAAAGAAUGGAAGCCGCCUGAGAUUAAGCCCAGAAGUUUGCAAACUGGGAUUAAGAUGGUAACUGGAUUGGCCUCAGUUAUUGAGGAUGAGCCAUGA